CCCUGGCAAAGUGAUGGAGAUGCAGUGAGCAGGGGAAACUAAAAGAAAAAGUGUUCGAAAAUUGUGAAUGUAAUAGUUAAACGAAUUGAUGUAGGCCAGCAUCUAAAAUCGCAACAACAGAAAGACAGAGAGAGCGAGAGAGAGAGCGCGCGAGAGUGAGAGAGAUUAGCAUCACGAAUUUCAGGUGUAAGGGGCCAAUUCAAACAGUUUGGUGGCCUUGCCUUCUCCUGCCACUCCUCCUCCACCUGCUCCUGUUCCGGCACCGACACCGGCCACGGCCCCGGACCUGGCUCCUGCGUUCAAGAUCGCAAAUAUUACAAGUUGUAUUUGAAUGCCAUGGAUAGUACAAGCGCCACCGGUCGACGGCGAAACAAUACGCGAGUCAAUGCCGAGGAUAAUGCUCUAGAUCAAAUCACAAAGGAGGCCGAAGCUCGUUUAGCGGCGCGGCGUCAAGCUCGUGCAGAGGCACGGGAAAUACGUAUGCGAGAGCUUGAGCGUCAGCAGAAGGAGCAAGAACAAAAUGCCGAUCGUGUCUUUGACAUGCAAAACACCAGCGGUGUCGGUGGAGACACAAUUUCCACCCAUCCUGCACGUCUUGUGUAUGGCGGUGGCCUCUUGAAUGUAACCCGUGCCACAGCAUCGCGUCGCAGUAGCGAGGAUUCAUUGGAAGAUGAAAGCCGAAGUUUACGUGACAUGAAACAUGAGCUCAAAGACGUUGAAGAGCGCUUCCGAAAAGCAAUGAUAACGAAUGCUCAGCUAGACAAUGAUCGUGCCUCACAAACAUACGAAGUCAAGCUACUCAAGGACAGAAGCGAAACCAUGCAAGAGUCAUUGGCUCAAUUGCAGCGCGAGUAUAAGGAGAAAAUGCGUGAAUACAAUGCAUUGAAACGUAACUUGGACCGCACCACUUUGGAGCUACAACUGGUACAGGGCCAGUUGAAUGAGCGCGAUUCUUUGAUAGCGGAACAGGGUCUUGUGAUUGUAGCUAUUGAGAACUCCGAUGGCAGUGAUGCCAAGCGGGCUCUAGUCAGUGUUGAUAACGCCAAUGUCUUAGCCUCCGUGCAGGGUUCGUUAGAUGUAAGACUUAAAAAAUUUAGCGAAGAUAAACAGCUGCUUCUUGCGGAGGUACAGAAGCUCAAUGAACAACUGGAAGAGUAUAAAAGUGACGGCAAAAUAGGCCACGGCAGUUCAUCGUACGGAACAUUCGGCUAUGACGAUGAUUAUGAGGCUCAGAGAGAAGCAAAUAAAAUAAUUUCGGAUUAUAAGUAUAAACUGCAAAAGGCUGAACAAGAAAUUGCAAGUCUGCAGGCGAGCUUAGCACGUUCAGAAACUCAGGUUAUACGAUACAAGAGCACGGCGGAAGCAGCUGAAAAAGCGGAGGCCGAAUUGAAAGUGGAGAGGCGUAAGCUCCAACGAGAGAACCGUGAAAAUUUAGAGCGAUUGGAAGAAGCGGAAACAGCAAAUAAUCAUUUACUAAAACGGCUUGAUAAAUUAAAAAACGCAAAGAGUGCAAUCCUGAAGGACUUAUGACCUACGGUAUCAUCAACGACACAACCCAAAACAUCUAAAACGAUUCAUCAUCAGCAGCAGCAGCAGCAACAGAUCGCACACACCGGGAGGAAGCCCAUCAAUGGCGGUGCAAAUGUAAAUGGCGCAAACGAUGACUUAGCCUAAGCCCAACAAAAAUAUAAUCCCCGAAUGUUAUACUAUUUAAACAAACAAAAACAACAAAAGAAAAGAGAAACAAAAAAAAAACAACAAAAGAAAAACAGAAACAAAAAACGUGAAACAUGAAAAUAAUUCAGCUACAUACAUUAGCUCACGCAUAUAUGCAUAUAUAUAUUUAUAUAUAUAUGAGUACAUAUAUGUGUAUAGAAAGCCUCUGCUUAUUUUCCAACUUUUAUGUUUUAGUCUAAUUUCUGAUCGCUUAUAAUUAGUUUUAUAAUAAUGAAUUACCAAUUUAUAACGUUAGCGACAACUAAAAUAUUAGUUUUUGUGUCUUUGAAUUGGUAACAGCGUAUUAUAAAAUGAAUCUUAAGCGAUAGGAAAUAGUAUAUACAUAGCUAUAUGUAUGCACUUCAUAAUAUGAUCAAAAAAGAUGAUGAUUAUAAGGCACAUUGUAAAUCGAAAGCAUCAGCAUAUCCUUUAUUUUCCAUUCGCAAUUUGGACUGACGGAAUUACUUAUAUAUAUAUAUACCUUGGCGGCUAAUCAUGAAAGGGAUGGAAUAUGUGUUUAUGUAUGAAUGUAUAAUUAGUUCUCUAUAUAUAAGACUGGUAGACUGUUUGACAGAUGACAAACAAAACUAGCAUUAUCGGAGAAAUAUUGUGAAGUGUAUAGGAUCUUCGGUGCAACCGAAGUUGGCACCGGCCCUAAAUACAUAUGAAUGUGUAUUGUAUGUUGGUCGAUUGAGAUUACUUGACAAUUGCCUAGACAAUUUAAUAACAUAUGUAUAUAUACAUAAAUGUAUGUGUAUGUAUGUAUGUAUGACCAAUUAACCAUAAAGUUGGUUCGUUUUAGUUAGAUAACCUAUUUUAAAUCACGCCUUUAGCCAAGUCUAACCAAAUGAAUCCCAAUUUACGGAACAUCACCAUUAAAUGAGUCCUACGCUAAUCUCACAGAGUAGACAUGAAUUAAAAUUGGGACGCAUCCAAGUCUUAAUUGAUUGUCCUCCUCUACGACCUUCUGCAUAGUUUAAAUGCCCUAAAGAAAAGUCAUUUUGGCAUUGUCAAACCAUUAGAGAGAAAUUAGAGUAAUCUGAAACCACAAUAAUUGGUUUCAAUGGACACAAAAGAAGAAAUAAAAGUAAACUAUUAACCAAGA